ACCGUGACUGCCGCUGCCACCACCACCAUCACUACCUACUCCUCCUCCUGCUCCCUUCUUCAGUACCGCCAGCGUCCCUUCACAACAACAGCUGUCCCUGAAAGGACUCCCUCACUUAUAGCACUCAUCCAAACGCACACACACAUUACGCACGCACACGCACACACACAAAUACCCACGUGCAUUCAUACACACAAACACACGUAAAGCAAACGUUGAUUUCUAUAAGAGGUGAUUUUUUGACUGACUGACUGACUGACUGAUUAACUGACUGACUAACUGACUCCCUUCUUUUCCUUUCUCUACUCACGAAAUCCAUGACACACGCACACACUCACACAACCUCCGGCACACUCCCAUUUCAUCACAUCACCGUCAUCACCUUCACGAGAAGCAGGGGCUCAUAACACGUCUUGGUUGUGGCUGGCGAGGAUGACUGUGGGUAGUGGUAGUGGUGGUGGCAGUGGAAGAGUAGUGUUAGCAAUGUUUGUGGUAGUGUCAAUAGUGGUCAGCCCCGUCCUAAGUCAGACUGGUGUUGGUGGGAGUGAUAGUGGUGAUGAUGGUGAUGAUGGUGGUGGUAGUGGUACUUUUCAGCUUUAUACAUCGUGCGGGGGGUCCAUCAAAACACCUCGCUUGUCGGUGGGAAGGACGAUGUGGCUGCGAGGAGUGGGAGAGGAAGUCACAUUUACUCCCGUAGGUUACACAGAAGAGCCUUGCGUCCUCCUGCCCAAAGCCUCCCAUCAGGUGACGAUCAGCGAUCAAGUGACGGUGCACGUAAGAGGCGCUGCAGGAGACGAAGAGGACAAGGACGUGUGUUACUUCAACUCAUCUUCUACGUUUAUGCUUCCCAAGGGCGUCCUUAAAGUGUCCUGUCUGAAGGACAAAACGCAAGCCGAGGCGGAGAUGCUUGGCGCUGAGGAGUCUUCCAGCAGCGCGCCAUCUGGUGCCAAGCCACAAAGCCGCGGCCUGGAUCCUCCUCCCACUACAUACACACCCCUCCACACCACCACCACCACAGCUCCGCCACAAAGUUCUCAAGCGCCUCCUACUUCAGCGAUAACACUUGAGUUGCCCAGCACCGGGUCACGCGCUGAAAGUUUGAACACCAACCUCAAGACAACUGCAGCCCCUUCCUCCACCAAGCAUCCACCUCUGAUCGACGACGGGGGAAUGGGGACAACACUAGGGCAGGAUACGACGGAGAUGCCGGACAGCACGACUAAGCACGUGAUCGAGGACCGAACGGCAGAGACAACUCACGGCAGCACAACAUCCCCAACGCCUGAUAGUAGCAGCAUCAACAACAACACGCAGGACACAGGCCAGACAGGGAAGACACCACUGCUGGCAAAGGCACACCCACCACUAACCAGAAACAAAAACAUCUCUGUCCGGGAACUGACGGUGCAGAGUGGCGGCGUCAGGUUUCUGGAGAACACGUCUCUGGCGAUCACGACGAUCACAUCAUCUACUUUGCAGGGGCGGGGGCAGGCGUGGCGAUGCUAGUGCUGGGCGUGGUGGUGGUGGCCUGCGUGGUGCACCAUCGAGUUCGUAAGGUGAAGAAAACGAAGCCCACGGACCUGUUCAUGAGCGGCGGGUACCGCGGCUCCCUGAACAGCAUGGACAUGAGCGGCAGUCAUGGCGCCUACCUCAACGCCCACGUCAUGUACUCUGGCGCCGAGGUAGAGUUUGCAGAGUCCUUUGAGCUGGAAGAGCGAGUCUUGAACAGUAACAUAUCCUACUCCUCCCACGACAUCCCCAAGUGCCUCAAGGGAUCCUAAGACAGUAUUCUCCCACCUCCACUAAAUACUUCCAAAAGCCUCUUGCUGAAGUGACACAGGUUUUUACUGUUCUACUGAUAGAUUUGUAAGACUUCUACAUUAUCAACAGGAGAAAUUGUUUUAAGAAACUGGUUAAUAAUCUCUGUGGUUUGGAAAAUGUCGUGAUGAAAAAGCAAAAAGCGAAGUGUUUCUGAAUAUUGAUCCUGGAGUGGCUUUGACCUAAGGGCGGCCAGUACUCCCCACAUCAGGGCUGAUGUUACUGCGAACUCCUGUAGCGUGUUGUGUGCGUGUGGCGAAGGUGUGGACAGGCUAGUAUGUUGCUGCUGGCGGCGUGGCGGAAGGGAAUCAGAGAGUGAGUGAGGGAGAUGCAGAAUAAAAGUGAAUUAACAAUGGGUUAAGUGUGUGUGUAUAUUCACCGUCGUCUGCUGGUUAUUCAGUGUGCGUGCGUGCGUGCGUGCAUGUUGUCCAGUGUCCAUCACCUUAUAAAGGCAUCGAACGAGCCCACUUGCACCGUUUCAACACAAUAUUGCGUAACACACUUGAAACAUCCUGAGUAGAUUUUCAUUUUGAUUAAUUAUCUCUUUCGUAAUUACUUCUUGUUGAACACUCUAACUAAAAGUUGUAUUGCAUGACACUCAUGGUGGGGAGACUUGUGGAAGAGGUGGAGGUGGUGAAGGAGGGGUGGGAUGUGGAGAGGCUGGAAAGACUGAUAUGGAAGAAGGGGACUAAAGACGAGAGAGCUGUGGAUAGGAUGGAGGAUUGGAAGUGCUAGAAAAAAAUAGAAAGGUAGAGGGGAGUUGGGGCCGGAAAGAAAGAAGAGAAGAAGAGACUGGAAGGUGCUAGCUGCAUGGAAGAAUGGAAAGGAGAAAUAAAGUGUAAGAAACUAU